AUGAUGCUUGUACGUCUUAAUUCACCGUUGACACGGGCAUUUUCUUCUACGCUAUAUAAGAAAAGCUCUAACAAAUAUCAAAAAAUAGCGUCGUUACUUCAAAAACGUGCAAUCGUAACACAAAUGGAAACCAAUCAUCAAAAAACCUUCUCGAAUCAAAAUAACAUUCCUCGUCUUCCAAUUCCGACAUUGAAAGAAACAGCUGAACGUUAUAAGAAAUCUUUAUUGCCUAUUUUAUCCACUUCGGAUUAUAAUCGAGCAGCCAAUGCCGUUGAUGAAUUUAUGAAAGAAGGUGGUUUCGCUGAGGUUCUUCAAAAAAGAUUACAUGAUUACAAUUGGCUUGAAACCAUCUGGUUAAAUAAAGCCUAUUUAGAAUGGAGAGAUCCUUCUCUUAUAAAUGUUAAUUGGUGGGUCGAGUUCGAUGAUCCUGCUACCGGACUUCUAAAAAAUCCUCCUCCAAAAGGCCAAAUAUCCGAAUUACAAAUCGAUAGAGCUGCUGGACUUGUAUCAAAUAUGUUGACAUUUAAUGAUAUGGUUAAUAAUGAAUUAUUACCGCCGGAGAAGACACGUCAAGGUCCAUUGUGCAUGGAUCAAUAUACUAAACAAUUUGGUGCUACACGCAUUGCUGAUUUCCCCUCUGAUCGUGUUAUAACAACAUGGCCUGCAACCGCUAAACAUAUUAUUGUGAUUUUUAGAGAUCAAAUUUUUAAAGUUCAAGUUUUAGGUGGAGGAGGUGAAAGAGUUCCUAUUAAAGAAAUUAAAAGACAAUUCCAAUCUAUAGUUGAUCAAGUGAAUAAUACUACGGAAUUACAGCCUCCGAUAGGUUUAUUGACUGGUGAACAUCGUGAUACAUGGACAACGGCUCGCAAAAAGCUUGAAUCUUCGUCUGCAGAAAAUAAGAUCAGCUUUGAAGCAAUUGACACUGCUUUAUUUUGUAUAGCGUUGGAUGACUAUCCUAUUGAUACAGAUAUAGAUAUUUCUCAUCACAAUUUUUUUCAUGCUUAUAAUGGUCGAAAUCGAUGGUAUGAUAAAGCACUUCAAGUAAUUGUGGCAAAUAAUGGACGUGCUGGUGUUAAUGGUGAGCAUUCACCUUCAGAUGCUGUAAUUCCGGGUGCUAUAUUCGAUUAUAUUCUUAAAAAUGAGCCAGCGCAAGAUCCACAAAAUGCUUUCCCCAUUGAAUUACCACCUCCUCAACACUUAAAAUGGACAGUUGAUGGUUCUAUAAUGAACACCAUUCAACAAGCGCAAAUUAAUAUUCAAACUGCAAUAGAUAAUGUUGAUAGUGUUUUAUUGCAUUAUAAUGAAUAUGGCGCCGAUUGGCUAAAAAAUGGUAAUGCAUACGUUUUACUUAUUAUUCCUGAUGCAUUUGUUCAGAUGGCGAUUCAACUUGCAUAUUAUAAACACUAUCGUGAACCAUGUGCGACUUAUGAAUCUGCCUCUACUAGAGGUUUUUUACAUGGUCGUACUGAAACUGUGAGAUCUUGCUCUGUGGACACUGUUGCAUUUACCAAAGCUUUUUGUGAUCCAAAUGUCAAGAAAGAUGAAAAAAUUUCUCUACUCACGAAGGCUAUGAAAUCGCAUAUUGAAUAUAUGAUCUCUGCUACUAAUGGUCGUGGAGUAGAUCGUCACCUUUUAGGUCUUCGAUGUCAAAUCCGUGACGAAGAAGAAAAAUCCAAGGCAACAUUAUUUACUGACCCUUCAUAUGUUCAAUCUAUGUACUUUAAACUUUCUAGUUCAAAUAUGAGUACUUCAUUAAGUUUUCAUUGUGGAUUUGGAGCCGUAGUUCCUGAAGGUUAUGGAAUUUGUUAUAUUAUAGUAAAAGAUAAAUUGAAACUUAGUAUUAGUAGUUAUAAAAAAUGCAAAGAAACUGAUAGCACCAUUUUUAGAAAACUUUUGAAAGAAUCUUUCGACGAGUUGAGAGAAAUUUUAUCGUAA